AUGCAAGGUGAAAAACUAGAAAGAGAUAUAAGUCAGGAAGACAUUGAUGAUAAUGCUACAUUAAUUACAAAUCCUUCUGAUAACAACAGCAGAAAUGGUCCUGCUGCUUUAUCCUUUAGAUUUGAAAGUGCUGCUAAGAAAGAUGUCAUUGCACCAGAUGAAUACAGGUCUCUUAUGAGAGGUUUGAAUGAAAAACAGAGACAAAUCGUGUUUUUCCAUAGGAAAUGGUGUAAGGAGGCCAUACUAGACUUAAAGAAAGGUAACAAGGUUAAACCAUACCAUAUCUUUCUUAGUGGACCAGGAGGAGUUGGUAAGUCCCACGUUAUCAGAAUUAUUCAAUCUGAUACUAUCAAAUUGUUGAAACUGUCUGGUUUCAUUGAACCAGAUGAGGUCAUUGUACUUUUGACAGCACCUACUGGGGUUGCUGCUUUUAACAUUGGAGGAAUGACUUUACAUUCCUCUCUAAAGCUAGGCUGUAACAAAUAUGGAAGCUAUAAAAGUUUGUCCCAUGACAAAGCUAACACAUUGCGCCUCAGACUUGCAAAGCUUAAACUGCUCAUAAUUGAUGAGAUAUCAAUGGUAGGCAGUAAUAUGUUGCUUGAUGUACACAGAAGGCUUAAUGAGAUACUUGUGCAGCCUCAUGAUGUAAUAUUUGGAAAAGAAGCCAUUAGUGUCAGUCCAUACCGCAACAGAUUCAAUGAUGCAGUCCCUAUUGGUAAGGUACAAGCUAAGUUUUUUGCAUUUGGGAAAAAAGGAGCUGAAGUAACUAGAUACCAAUUUCCUUUAGCACUUGCUAGGGCCAUCAUUGGAGACUUUAAUGAAGAUUUGUUGGCCAAUAAUCCUAAUAGAUUAUUAAGUUUUUUGACUGAUAAUAAUUUCAAACAAAUGGUAAAGACUCCUACUACAGAUAGGGGGACCUUGAUUGAUCAUGUCUAUGUUAAUAGUUUGUUAUCUGAUGUUGUUUGCACUGUCAUUGAUUGCUAUUACUGUGAUCACGACAUUGUUUGUUGUAACAUACCGUUUCACUGUACAAAUACUGAUAUUGAAGGGUAA